CGCCCAGUUUGGCACGCACCGUGGAAGCUGAUGCGUGUCAUCAGUGGACAUCUUGGAUGGGUGCGCUCUGUUGCAGUAGAACCAGGAAAUAAAUGGUUUGCCACUGGCGCUGGUGAUCGUACUAUUAAGAUCUGGGACAUGGCAUCAGGAACACUUAAGCUGUCAUUGACAGGUCACAUCAGUACUGUUCGCGGUCUUGCUGUUUCACCGCGACACCCCUAUCUCUUUUCGUGUGGUGAGGACAAGAUGGUUAAGUGCUGGGAUUUAGAACAAAAUAAGGUUAUCCGUCAUUAUCAUGGGCAUCUUUCAGGUGUAUAUGCACUUGAUCUCCAUCCAACUCUCGAUGUUUUGGUAACCAGUGGCCGAGAUGCCACGGCCAGAGUCUGGGAUAUGCGAACAAAACAGUGUGUACACGUUCUUUCUGGACACACAAGCACUGUCUCCGCUGUUAAAUGUCAGGAAGCUGAUCCACAAGUCAUUACGGGUUCUAUGGACAGCACUAUUCGUCUGUGGGAUCUGGCGGCAGGAAAGACUAUGGGUGUUUUGACUCAUCAUAAGAAGAGUGUUCGCGCACUUGCUCUUCAUCCUACAGAAUUCGGAUUUGCAAGUGGAAGUGCUGACAAUAUCAAGGGCUGGAAAUGCCCCGAAGGCACUUUUAUGCAAAACUACAACGUGCGGAAAUCCAUCAUCAAUACUCUAUCGAUCAAUGCAGACGGCGUCGUGUUUUCAGGAGGUGAUAAUGGUGCCAUGGGCUUUCAUGAUUGGAGAUCUGGUUACAAUUUCCAGUCUAUGGAUACAACCGUCCAGCCUGGUUCGCUUGAUGCUGAAGCAGGUGUAUUCUGCAGUACUUUCGAUAAGACUGGUCUUCGUCUGAUCACUGGUGAGGCUGAUAAAACCAUUAAGAUCUACAAGGAAGAUGACUCUGCAGUAAAGGACGAGGACUUUUAUCAAUAA